GGUUCAACAGAAGUCUCUAGAAUCCGAAACGCAUCUCUCUCUCUCUCUCUCCCUCUACACAUACACAGCCCUGUGUGUAUAUAUAUAUGUAUCUAUAAUUUCUCUUCAACUUCCGAGUCUGUUGGUUUCCUGAAUUCACAGUUGUUUCGUGGUGUCUCCAGAGAAGCUUUCUGUGCUGUAAUGGCGACUGAUCUCGCAGAAAAAGCUAAAGAAGCAUUCGUUGACGACGAUUUUGACUUGGCCGUCGAUCUCUACACGCAGGCGAUUAAUCUCGACCCUAAGAGCGCUGAUCUCUUCGCUGACCGCGCUCAGGCCAAUAUGAAGCUUAACAACUUCACCGAAGCUGUUGCUGAUGCGAAUAAAGCAAUUGAGUUGGAUCCUUUAAUGGCCAAGGCAUACUUUCGCAAAGGCACUGCAUGCUUUAAGCUUGAAGAAUAUCAUACUGCCAAGGCAGCUCUGGAAAAGGGUGCUUCUUUAGCACAAAAUGAUUCAAGAUUCACCAAAUUGAUUACAGAGUGUGAUGACCGUAUUGCAGAGGAAACCCGUGAUGUGACUACAUCCUUGACACGGAAUGUGCCCCCAGUUGCUGCACAUGCUUCUGUGGGGUCUCAAUCAUCAGAUAAAACGGUUGGAGAUCUGGAGGAAGCUGAGCAAGGACACAGUGCACGUGAGGUGAAAGAGUUUGAAUCAGUCAAACCAAAGUAUAGGCAUUCAUACUAUCAGAAGCCUGAAGAAGUGGUGGUGACAAUAUUUGCAAAGGGUGUACCAGCAAAAAAUGCUUCUAUCAACUUCGGAGAACAGAUACUAAGUGUUGCUAUUGAUGUCCCUGGUGAAAAUAAGUAUCAUUUUCAGCCAAGACUAUUUGGAAAGAUAGUACCUGACAAAUGCCGGUUUGAGGUAUUAUCGACCAAAAUUGAAAUCUGUCUUGUGAAAGCAGAAGCAAUUAACUGGACAUCUCUUGAAUAUAGCAAGGAAGUUGCAGUAGUACCACAACGCAUAAAUGUAUCAUCAGGUCCAGGAUUGCAAAGGCCAAGUUACCCAUCUUCAAAACCAAGGACCACAGAUUGGGAUAAGUUGGAGGCCCAAGUAAAGGAGGAGGAAAAAGAAGAGAAGCUAGAUGGUGAUGCGGCUUUGAAUAAAUUGUUUGGGGACAUAUAUAAAAAUGCAGACGAGGACAUGCGAAGAGCCAUGCUGAAAUCUUUUGUGGAGUCUAAUGGGACUGUGCUGUCAACAAAUUGGAAAGAAGUGGGCUCUAAGAAGGUGGAGGGUAGCCCUCCUGAUGGUAUGGAGUUAAAGAAGUGGGAAUAUUGAUGUCUUGCUCUUGUGGAAUUUUACAGUUUGAAGCAUAUCUAUUUCUGUUUCUCCAUAGACACUUCAAAGUACUUGCUGUUGUGUUGUGAAAAUCUUUUCUCGUGAUAGGAGUUGGGAAGGAACCGGAGUUUUGUUUUGAUAGGUGCCUGACAAUAUAUUUGGCCUAGCUUUUUGGAUUAUUUAUAAAUUUUUCUUUUAACUGAGAAUAUAUGGUUUACUAUGGAUUUUCCAAAUA